AUGUCCCGGGAUUUGCCUAACUUUUCUGGUGACCCUGCUGACUGGCCGAUAUUCAUCAGCAGUUUCAUGAACAGCACCCUAGCUUGCGGUUUCAACAGUGCCGAGAAUCUUUCACGUCUCCAACGUUGUUUGAAAGGGUCCGCGUAUGCGUCUGUCAAAAGUAGGUUGUUGUUACCCGAAUCAGUGCCUCAAGUGAUCGAUACACUUCGCUUGUUAUAUGGGAGCCCCGAGUUAUUAGUGUGUGCUUUAUUGCAAAAGGUGUGCAGUGUUCCGGCCCCGAAGGCGGAGAAAUUAGAAACGAUCAUCGACUUCGGCAUGGCGGUUCGGAGCCUUUGUGAUCAUCUAGAAGCCGCUGGACAACAGGAGCAUCUGUCCAAUCCAACGUUGUUAAUGGAACUGGUGGGAAAAUUGCCGGUACACACCAAGUUGCAGUGGGCAGAUUACUUGCAACAACACCCGGUAGCCAACCUUCAGGUAUUUGGGGACUUCAUGCUUCAGGUCAUCACAGCCAUUAGUAGGGUGACAAUGUGCGUUGGUGGAAGCAGUGGUUAUCAUCAAAGGCCACGAAUGAAAGGGACGGUGAACACGAACAGUGACGAAGCGGAUUUCGAUCGGGAGAAAAACAGGAUUUGUGUAUGCUGCAAGAAGUUAGGUCACCGCAUAGCAGAGUGUGCUGUAUUCAAGACGUAUACCGUAGACAACCGCUGGAAAUUCGCGCAAGAUGAAGGACUUUGUCACAGCUGUCUCAACGCGCAUGGUAGAAGAAGCUGCAGAAACGCGAAGCCGUGCGUAAUCCAAGGUUGUCCAUACCGCCAUCAUCCGCUACUGCAUUCGAGUCGAACCAGCACAAGCGGGCGACCUGUACAAGGUUUGUCUACAGUACAGAACCAUACGCAUCGGCAGAGCAAGCCGGUCAUUCUUUUCCGCAUUAUUCCUGUCGUACUAUCGGGGCCACUCGCUACCAUUGAAACCUACGCAUUUCUGGACGAUGGCUCAGAUCUGUCGCUGAUCGAAAACAGUCUUGUGGAGCAGUUAGGAAUUGAUGGUUGGAGGUCACCGUUGUGCCUAAAAUGGACAGGAAAUGUUAUCAGAAUUGAAUCAGAAUCCAAACAAGUUCGAGUUUCAAUCAGAGGAGUUAACUGUAAGAAACAAUUUACGCUCAACGAUGUCCGCACCGUGGAAGCGCUCACACUACCAGAGCAAAACCUCAAUUUCGCUGAAGUGUCACAACAGUACAGCUACCUACAUGGCUUGCCGGUCGCCAGCUAUGCGAAGGCGAUUCCUCGUCUACUGAUAGGCGUUAACAACGCAAGCCUCACUGUUCCACUGCAGGAGUUGCACGACGCAGUGAAGGAUUACUUUUCGAUGGAAGACGCUGGAGUAAAGUCUCCGGUGGUUCUAGAAUCCGUAGAAGAUACACGUGCGAAGGAAAUCCAGGAGCAGACGACAGUCCGAGUAGGCAAUAGGUUCCAAACCGGCCUACUAUGGAAGUAUGACGAUAUUGAAUUCCCAGAUAGCUACAACAUGGCGGUAAAACGUUUUGAGUGUUUAGAACGUAGAAUGGUGCGGGAUCCGGAUUUAGCGUCAAAUCUGAAGAACCAAAUAACGAAGUACCAGCUGAAAGGUUAUGCGCAUCUAGCGACACAAACGGAGCUCGCUCAUGCUAAUCCGAAACGCGUGUGGUAUUUACCGUUAGGUGCGGUUACGAAUCCGCGGAAGCCCGGCAAAGUUCGCCUUAUUUGGGAUGCAGCAGCCAGAGUAAAUGGAAUAUCCCUCAAUUCUAUGCUUCCCAAAGGCCCGGAUCAGUUAUCUUCGCUUCCUGGAGUUCUAUUGCGUUUUAGACAGUUCAAAGUGGCAGUUUCAGCGGACAUUCGAGAGAUGUACCACCAGUUAUUAAUCCGCGCGCCGGAUCGUCAUUCUCAACGUUUCCUAUUCCGAAGCAAUCCAUCAGAGCCACUCAGAAUUUAUCUCAUGGACGUGUCGACCUUUGGAUCCACGUGUUCACCAGCGUCAGCCCAGUAUGUUAAAAACAGAAACGCAGAAGAGUUUGUCGCUCGCUUUCCAAGAGCGGUGGAGGGAAUCCUAAGAAACCACUACGUGGACGACUACUUGGAUAGCUUCUCGAGUUGGGAAGAAGUCGAAAGGAUCUCACACGAUGUCAGAACAAUCCAUCAGAAUGGAGGAUUCCACCUUAGAAACUGGCUGUCGAACAGUGCUGAAGUCCUACAUGGGCUGAACGAGGAAGUUCUCGAGGGUAGUAAAAAUCUCUGCUUGAGCACAACAGACAACAGCGACCGAGUACUUGGCCUCCUAUGGCAAACAACCAAUGACGAGCUUCGGUUUUCGAUGAACGUGAAGGACGAUAUUCAACGUGUUUUGGAUGAUGGUGAGAGGCCAACCAAACGGCAAAUAUUGAGAUGUUUAAUGGGUAUAUUUGAUCCGCUGGGACUUCUAAGCGUGUAUCUGGUUCAUGGCAAAAUUCUACUUCAGGACGUGUGGCGAGCGGGAAUUCAGUGGGACGAAAAGGUACCGGAAGAUAUAUUUGACCUUUGGGUUAGAUGGACCGCUCUGUUCCCGAAAAUAAGAGUCCUACGUAUCCCAAGGUGCUACUUCAAGGAAGCAGAUAUGCAGACGUAUGAUCGACUACAACUACAUAUUUUUGUCGAUGCGAGUGAAGCCGCAUUUGCCGCAGUAGCGUACUUCCGUGUGAUCAACGUAGAAGGCAAAGCAGAAUGCGCUUUAGUCGCGGCAAGAGCAAAGGUUGCACCGUUGAAACCGCUUUCAGUUCCGCGCUUGGAGCUUCAAGCAGCGGUGUUGGGUAGCCGCUUGAUGUCUUUCGUACAAGAGAACCACAACCUUGAAGUGAAGCAACGAUACCUGUGGAGUGAUUCCGCCACAGUGUUGGCCUGGUUAAGGUCGAAUCGUCGUCGAUACAAGCAGUACGUGGCCUGCCGAGUAGGAAAACUUCUUUCUACCACAGACGCAGCUGACUGGCGAUGGGUACCUAGCAAAUUAAAUCCAGCGGAUGCUGCCACAAAAUGGGGAAAGAAUCAUUGUUCUUCUGACUCCGACGAGUGGUUCAAAGGCCCUGAGUUUCUGCGGUUACCAGAAAAGGACUGGCCGGAGCAAGUAAAAACGUUGACAAAACCUACCGGAGAACUGCGGAAUUGCUUUGUGAUCCAUGCUGCGAUCACUCCGGAAGGCAUUAUGAAUUUUACCCGGUUUUCAAAGUGGAGGCGACUCCUAGGAGCAGUAGCGUACGUACAUCGUUUUGUGGGCAAUUGUCGGCGUAGACGAACCAGCGAGAAACCAGCAUUAUUAUUCCUUAGUCAGGACAAACUGAGAAACGCGAAAAACUCAAUUAUACGGAUAGUGCAGUGGCAGGAAUUUCCCGAAGAGAUGUCAUUGCUCUCGAGAGGACAUAAUGAGUUCCCCAAAAGGAGCAGCUUGUAUCAGUCAACGCCGAUGAUAGAUGAACACGGAGUGCUGCGGAUCGAUGGGAGAAUCGGAGCUGCACCGCAUGCAGCGUUUGAUACCAAGUUCCCGAUGAUUCUUCCAAGAAAGCAUCCAGUAACAAAACUGGUGGUACACGACUUCCAUCGAGCUUGUCGACAUGGAAACUCAGAAACGGUGGUGAACGAAAUUCGGCACGGUUGA